AUGAUCGAUGGAGCCCGCGAGCCGUUCUACCAACUUUCGACGAUAACGGUCGAAGCUGCGGAGAUUACGAUCAAGGAGCUGCCGAUCCAUGCUACAAGCACAACUUCUGCAAUCACUGUUGCGUCGAUGAGUUCGCCCUUGGACAUGCCGUUGAGGAGCAUGCUGGCAGAAGCAGAUAUUGAGGGCAAGCGCAAGGGCCAGGACGACGGCGGUGACGGCCUGGCAGCCUCGAUUUUUGAAGAGGAUGACACAGGCGCAGACACAGGCAUGCCCGUGGACAUGGAAACCCCUUGUGCAAAGAGGAGUGCUGCAAGCUUGUUCGAGAAUAGCGACAGUGACGCUCAUGAUGAUGCAGAUGCACAGAUCGGAGACGGAGAGUGCGAAUUGGAGAUCGAGGGCCAAGAGAUCAUGCACGGAAUUGAAGAGAGAAGGGAAGGAAAGGGCCAAGGCCGGGGCACCGGCAAGGGCAAUAGCAAUCCUGCAACUGCUCGGUGGGCUCGCUGGGGUCGCGCAAAGCAACUGGGGCCUGCGGCUCCACCGUUGUCAGAGUCUGCCGGUGCUACUCAGAUAGGCUCAGCUCUCGCAGGGCAGCUUUCCAAUGUAACCAAAGUAGGUGCAGAGCUGGUUCGCGCUGGCUUGGUAUCGGCUUCACAAUGUAUCGCUGGCCUGCAGCGAGCUGUCAAUGUCGGGCCGCUUGCACAGCUUCUAGGUGAAUCACGAUUUUGUGUUCAUGAAGGGUCAGACCCGCAAUGCUCCGGCAGCAUCCCAACCCAGGGCCAGGAUUUGGACCAAGUGAAUGAAAGCUACAGCCUCGUAGGUGACCCAAGUGCAGAUUCGCAGGCAACCAGGCCCGGUGUGCGUGAAUGUGAAUUGCCAGCAUCUGCACGCACACCCGUGCAUUUGCCGGUUUCAUCAAAAGAAGUGGAGGUGUAUCCUUGCAAGUUGUUCUUGACGCAGCAGCGCUUUUCCAUGCUGCUGACUCGCAAGGGCGCAGGGCAGCCUGCAGCAAAGGCGCAGGCGACAGAGAUCAUAGAGGACCCUUCUGAAUCAACUUCUAAGUCUUCUAAGUUUAAGACUGAGAAUGCACAGGAGGCCCCGAACACUUUGCAGAUCGAAGCCCAUCUCACCAGCCCCCUGCAAGUGCUGCAUACAAACUCUGCUGCAAACAUCGCAUCAGCGCUUCAGAAGAACAUGCAUUCCGAAGUUGUGGAUCAGGCAAGGUCAUUUGACCGGGUUCUUCAUGUCGUCACUACAGAUGAUUAUGCUGCCAACCAUCUGGCUGAAAAGAUGCUGACGCAGCAGGAGAUGUGUGAACUCCAUGGUGAUGUCAGUGAAGACGACCCAGCGAGGAGUGAUGACAAGGCGGGCAAACUGCACUUAAUUUGCGAGGUCCAUCGCCUCCAUGGUGUAGCGGCAAGCAUGUACAGUUUGUGUCCGGAUUUCAUAUCCGGUUUGAUCAAAGCCUCCCUGGUGUUGCGAUCCGGACAUAUGAGCAGUUUGAGACGUUGCCUGCGUGCGCUGAUCGUUGCCAAGCUGCGUGUGUACCAAUGCGAGCCGCCCGAAAAUGUUGUUGCUGGGCCUAGCAUUCCAGCAAGCAAGGCAUUUUUUAUGAACACCUUUUUCAGCAACCUGGCAUCCGCCGAUGCACUGCUUCUUCAAGAACUCUUCAAUGGUGACUGGGGAGAAACCAUGCAAAGGUUCUUGCGAGAAGGUGUCAGGCUCCUUGCGGGAGCAGCUCCAUCCAUAUUCCCCCGCCAUAAAUGGAUAGGAAGUGACGCAGCAAUUGAUUGGUACGGUCGGCUACAGUGUGUUCACGGUUUGUUGACACAGGUGUUUGAGGAUGUUUUCGGCCCUAGUCCGGGUCCCAGUCGGCCAAACAAACCGACAGCCUCAGAUCCGGCGCAGUCACAGUCUUCACAUGCUCAGGCUCAGUCCCGCGCUCAGACACGACCCAGUGACGCUAUGGACACGGAUGAUGUAGAAGCUCAAGCACAGGACGACCGUGGUCAACUCUUAGCUUUGCAGGUUUUCGAGACCUGCGGCUUCGCAGCAGCUGAUUCCGGAGACCGGCAAGACGACCAAUGGAAGGCCAUAGCCAAGAAAUGGCGUGAUGCUGCGUAUGCUUGGGCAUGCGGCCAUCCUGACGGCCCGCUUGCUUUGCUUGCUGAAAUGGUAUUCCUGCGGACUGUGCUUGGGCCUCAAGUCAACCUCAUGGCAAAGCAGCUGAAGCUUUCGUCUAGUGAGUUUGACCAACAGCAGGCCCUGGCGGAGCUUACAACGGGUCUGCGCAAGUACCGCCUCACUGAAGUGCAUGCCGAUUCGGCCAGUGCUGAAGCUGAGGUUGCCUUGGCCAAGUUGUUCCAAAAAUCACACUGGGAAUCCUUGCCUUUUGUGUUCUUGACUCAGCGAAAUAACAGCUUCGCAUUCAAACUUACUGCAAGGGUCCUUGCCGCCUUGAAAGUUUAUAUCCGCAAUCGCAGAUCUGGGUACCCGUACAAGCUUUUUCUCCUUGCGACGGCACAGGCCACAGAGGCGGAACGCGUGGCCAAGGAAAUUGUUUUUGAUUUUUUCUACGAGCCAUGUCGGUUAGAUUCCUUCACAUGGUGGUUUGUCAAGGGUUUUCGCUCGGCAGAGCGGCUGGCCAGUGCAGAGGCCCGCGCUCACCUGCAAGCCAUUGCAAAGGUUGCAAGUGUUGAUAUUGCAGCCACGGAGUGCCAGCAUGCCAGCAAUCGGCGGCACAUAGAGUCCAAAAGCAUCCAGAGUCACAGGCAACUCUUGGCAGCAGCUAGCGCAGCCUAUGUUGCCAGGACUCUUCGACACACCUGUGCUCCCAGUCGAGGAUUUCAGAGUUCGAAGCCUGUCCCAAGAAAGCCUGGUCGAAAGCCGCGGACAAAACCUGAUUUUCGCAGUGUCCACUUCCCUAGGGCUCAGGAUUUGCGUCGGGGCGGGGGCUCCUGGAAUGUUUUCCUGUCACAAAAUCGGGGUGGCCCCCAGGUCACCACACCUGCAGGCAAGCAUUCCAAGGCCCAGCUUAGGAAGAGAUACCACGACUUGAAAAGGCAAGCGGGGUCUGACUGGCAAGAGUUGCAGCGGUUGGGUAGCUUGAAAACACAAGCCAGGAAAUUUGCGAAGAAAGGUUCUGGGCCGUUGAUACCCCGCAAGCGCAAGGCAACAGACGCCUUGCCACCUGUCGCGGAACAUGGUAGCUUGCUCAACACCAAACACCUUCGAUUGCAGCAGCGAAGGCUUGCUGUGAAGCAGGAUCGGGAGAAGCAGCAAGCUGUUCGAGACUCGGCAUGCAGACUGCAAGAUUCUUUGUCCCACGCAGAUGUGAGUGCUUCAGAGCAAGCUGUGCUGAACUUCAGUGGCAUCACCGCACAGGAGCUGUGCCGGGAUGCAGAUUCGAGCCGCCCUGUCUCUUCGUGUCCGCCUCAGCUCGAGCUGAUCGAGCCCGGGUCUGUCUCUGAACUUCAGCCUUCGACGCCCUUGGGCUUGGGCUUGGGGCCCUUGACGUCGGCCUUGGCUUUGCCCGCAGCUUCGGCACAGGUAGCAGCGCUCCCUGUCAGUGUGAAUCAAUCUGCCCCUGCAAAGCUUGAAUCGAUCUCCCCAGCUGCUUCCAUGGAUGCCAUGGCCAUGGAAUCCAUGGAAGCUGCAGCCAGAGCUGCAGCCGAGACAACUAUGACGAUGGCCAUGAACCCUGCUUCCGUGUGGGCUUUGCGACCGGAUGUGGCCAACAGUCGAACCGGCUUGUGCUUAGACACAUCAGCAACAGCCAUGCAUGCUGCUCCUUUCUUUCUGGCACAGAUUUCUCAAGGCGAGCCUUCCUUCCUGCGUGGAAUGACGAAUUUUCAGAACUUGGAUCUUGCAUGGCACCAGAGACACGAGGUCGUGUCCACUGCCAGUGGUGUAGCCGAGGGUGAGCAACCCGAUCAGCCCGCGCGGGCUUGCGCUGAAGUUCUCCCUUCAAUCAAGGAUGAUCAGCACGAACAGCAAGAAGAAGACGUGGACCCUCAAUCUCAGGACCGGGUUCCGGCAGCCAAAAGAACGAAGACACUCAAAGUGAGCAAGAGCAAGUGCUUAGGGUUCAACAGAUGUCUUUGUAAGGGUGAGGGAAAAACACUAGAGAGAAUCUUCUGCAGGUUGCGCAACACAAUGCGCGGCAUUUUGAGCGUGCAUGCAGUCAGCAAGGAUGUGCUCAAAGAUGGAUGUUUAUUCCUUCGUUUCUCAUCUUGCUCACCAGAGUCCCUGAGAUCGGAGGGCCAAAGUGUUCUGGCUCCGUUUCAGUCAAAAGUUGUCUGGUACCACAUAUCCUUGUGCUUUGGAGGUUUGCAGCAGUUGAGCCUGUACGGUGUGCGCAUGCACCCUGAACCUGAGCAUCCGGAGGGUGACGUUGCGGGGCUUGUCCCGAGGCAAUCCCGGCAAUCUCUGCGUGCCGGCCCCACGUGUUAUGAUCGCUAUCAGAUGCUGCUUGAACUACACAACUUCGAUGUUGCUUGGAUGGUGUCUGUGUAUGAACUUGUCGAGGCCCGUGCCCCUAUACCUCAAGUUGAUCCUGGCCUUGUCUUGGUUCAAGUGCAUCGCGACCUGCCUGCAGCAUGCUUCUGGAGGGGCUCACAAUUGGAGCAUGCUCCUAGAAGGGGCCAAGGCGGGGGUGGGGGAGGUGGUCCUCGUGGUCCAGGCCCAGGUUCAAGUGGCCCCAAAAAACCCAAGCAAGACCCCAGCCCCAGAGACCCACAGCUGCAGAUAACACCUGCUCCUAAACGUCGACCCCAGCCUGGGCCCAAGCCUGCCGGCAAAGCUAAGUCUAAGCCGCCCCCGACAGUGGGUUCUAUUUUCGAUGAGAAUGACGAUUCCCCCAAUGGGCCUGCUGAAACCCAGCCAGCAGAAGUGUUCUUUCAAGAUGGGGUCGAUGAUGAGGGUGGCCCUCCUGCUUCUGUUCACUCUCCUGCAGGCUCUCUAUCUCCAGCUGAAGACAGUCUCCCAAAUACUCUGUUGCCAGAGCAAGACAAGUCCCUUCAGGUGGCUCUGCAGCAGUCAAUGCUGGAGCAGGAGGAGCGUCAAGGCAACAGCGAAAGCGAGGGGUCAGAUGACACAGCUGGGAAAUUCGCUGAAUUCUUUGCCAGCAGAGCACGUAGACGUGCAAAUGCAGCUGGUGAGGACGAAGUUGCUGCUGAAUCUGUGGGGUCUCAGGACUCAGAUGAGCACUGGGGACAGGAGGAUGCUGAUGAGAGAAUCGGAGCCUCGCUUCUUGCAGAAGAUCCAAAUCUUCAACCUGGCACGCUUGAUCUUCCAUUUGGACAUUCAGUUGAAACUACAGCUGCAGCUACAGCUAUGGCUAUGGCAGCGAGGGCUUCGGGUGCCGAGCCGUCCGGCUCUGCUACAGUCAGAGAUGCAGCGGCGGAGAGUUUCGCAGAAGCUUUGAUGUCAGCCAUGGCAUUUGAAGACGAGUUUGAAGCGGAAUUGCGGGGUGGAGGUGCAAUCGGUGCAAUGUCUGAGUCAGGGGACGAAAACAGAAACGUCCCCACACCACCCGCGCCCCUUUCUGUGCAUCCGCCAGCUACCCCGCCCGUGCGGGACCCAAGCGAUGAACUUGGCCGUGGCCAUGACCGCCCUGCCUCUGACAGUGCUGUCCCAUCUGCCCCAAGCCGCGCCCCGCCAGUGCGGGGCUCAAGUGCCAGGACUGCAGCGCUGCCGGCAGGGCCACGGCUUGUGCAUGAUGGUUUGGCCAUCAGAAACGACGAUGGCAGCAUUCUCGCUUGGAUCAAGCACAAACCGCAAAGUAAUGAUGUCUUUGUAAACUGUUCCUUGCACGAAAAUUGCACCAAGACUAAGACGCUCAGAAGCUCUCAAAGACAUGGCAGGAGGUUGCAAGGACGUCCGCUCGGUUUCCUGGCUGCGUGGGCCGUGCAGGGACAUGCAUGUCUUUCCAAGGAAGCGCAUUCCUUGGUUGUGCCUUCAUUUCUCGACCGCAAGAAUGCUCGUGCGAGGCUGCGUCAGGAAGCAAAUGCGUCUGAGUUCUUUGUCAAGGAACGAGACCGUCGUUCAGACGAGCCCGACAGCGAGCCGGACCACUGCCCUUAG